GACACCCUAAUUACUGACCACCACACCAACCGGCCCAAUCUGAAGAUUGGUAGCGAAGGAAACAGUUGCUCAAAUCUGGUGGUUGAAGAAUGUCGAGCUCGGAGGUUGAAGAAUGUUUAGAGCCAGAGGUGCAUAAAUUUCUUAUUUAGCUGGGCGUCACAGCGGGACCCAAUGGAGGUGGAAUUGAACUAUCUUGCAUCAAAGGAAGAAGCAUUGCUCUGAUCAAACACAUGUUCUUCAAGAUAACUCGCCCCUUUCGUCUUUGGAUUGACCCACCAAGUGCUCACAUGAUUCCCAUCCACUUAAGGUUCUUCAACCAGUACCGAACCCGUGCCUCCAUACAUUCUCCAAUCCACAUUGGGAAACUAAAACUCUACGGUGAACGACGGUUCAUGGUCCCUGUCUCAGAUGCCAUACCUGAAAGGAGGGAUAUGUAUAAGGAGAUUAUUGAAGGGUAUAUUUCCACCAUGGUUGUUGUUCCUGAAAUUAUACAACCAGGUAUUAUGCAAAGGAUAUACCAGGCGAUUGAAAAGGCCGAGCCUGGUUGGCCUAUUGAUGUGGUCAUAAUGGCCGUGACUGUUGACAUUUUGGGCAAGUCUGUCGUUCCAACAAGCAAAUCAGUGUUUCACCAUCUGGAAAAUGUGAGACUUGAUAGUUUGGAAUCUGCUGUUAGACAGAAGCCGUGACGUUUUUGUGGCACGAGCCUUGAUCACUUUUACGAUGCAGGAGAAUGGAUUACUCGCUUGCCCUGCUCCCACCUUCUUCAUGUAGGUUUCUUUGUCCAGUGUUUGGAGCUGAGUCCUGCGCAUGAUUGCCCCACCUGUGGUCACCCAUCAGAUAUUGUGAAAUGUCAGAAAGAGAAACUCUGUAUUGUGAAUGCGAUAACAAAACCCUCAGAGCCACGGGCUUGGCCUAUGUUGUUGCUCAUGUCGUCAGCAGGCUCUAUGUUAACUGGUGCGCUUAUUGGCAGACUGUUGGUGAAUAGAGCCUUAGGAUAGGACUUUUCUCAUUCCUGCAGAGUUGCCUUGAUGCUCAAGGGAUGUCUUGCCCCUUAAUGGAAUUAUGAUACAUGUUAUUGAUUACAAUGGUCAAUCUAGCCAUG